AUGAAACCAACGUUCGGGGAAGAAGCGCAUUCGGUGAGAAACUCAACCUUCAACGAGGAGGGAAUCAUGAAAAGUGACGAAAACCAUGACCCUCGAAACAAUCAGAACAAAACGUCUGAAGAAAGCAGAUUGAUCGCCGAAAGGACGCUCUUAGUCGAAGAGAUCAAACAAUUAUCGAAGUUCGUCAUCGACAAGAUGAGCAAGGAAGACACUACCGCAGCGACACUCCAAGCAAGUUUAGAGUUCCUGGCAGUACACUCCGACAAGCUGAACAGAAUCAACGAGAAGAUCUGGAACGAGAUGUUCGAUAUCAACCAGCUUAGAAGGGACAGGCAGGAACAGAAUACGUUGAAUCUCGAGACCAGAUUCAUAGUUUGUCAGCUCCGCGAGGCGAUCGACAAACGAAAAACAGCGAAGGGCAUUCACAACUCGAGCGAUCAUAAAAACCCCGUCGGUGCAGACCAGAAGUGCUGCGGUUCCUCGAAAAACGCGAGGAAACUCGAGCACCUGAAAAUGGAUCGUUUCGACGGGAAACUUGAGAAUUGGCUGCCCUGGUGGGCACGUUUCGAAGAUCGCAUCCAAAACGACCCGCAGUUAAAUGACAGAUCGAAAUACGACUACUUACUGCAGUACCUGUCAAGGGAAGUCAAGGAGCGACUCAAGACUAUUCCAGUCGACGAAGAAUUCUACCAAACAGCCGUGGACCGUCUCAAAGCAGAAUUCGGCAACGUAGACAAGCUUCGCGCACUAUACACCCAGCGACUGAUGACACUCAAGCCCAUUGCGAACCGUUACGACAGAUCCGGACUACGAGAGCUCCUUCAGGUCGUGCACACGAGCAUAGCCGCCCUGGAGAGAAUCGGAUUACCAAGAGACUCAAUCACUCCGUUCUUCUAUCCAAAACUGAAAGAGAGCGUGCCGGUUGACGUCUACCUCGAGUUCAAGAUAUCGAGCAGAAUCGAGAGGGCGAACGCGGCCAACGGAACAUCAGCCUCGACCAUAAUCUCGACGGAACAGUUAGACAAAUUACUAACCUUCAUCAAGGACGUUGUGUCGGACCUAGAUGACAUCAACGAGCAGCAGCUCAAACAGUUGCAGACAUCCGGUGCGAAUCGCACGGUACCAUCUGCGUUCGCGCUUAAAACAGAACUCAAGACGGUUCACAAGAAGAGUACCCCAUUCCGAACACCCACGAGCGCCGAACAGGUCCACCAGUCUCCAUGCGUAUUCUGCAAAUCAGCCGAACACAGGACACAGGCAUGUCUCGACACAUCGAUGAGCAUCCAGAAGAAACGAGAAAUGCUCACAAGAGAAAACCGCUGUUCGACAUGCUCAAAGAGGGGUCACCAAGGGAGCUCAUGCCGAAGCUCGCCGUUCUGCAUCAAAUGCAAGCAGAGGGGUCACAUGACACCGCUUUGCAGCUCGAUGGAAACAUUCGCGGGACACUGCCAGAAGGAAGCUAGUGCAACCGAUGAGAAGCAGUACUACAUAACUGUUCGGGCAAUGGCUAUAGGGCCAUCAGGAAAGAAGAGAGAGGUCCGAAUACUGUUCGAUUCGGGGUCGAAGGUUUCCUUCGCGAGGAACCAGGUCGUCGAGCAACUAGGUUUCGACCGGAAAAAACUCGACACAAUUCCCAUAUCAUUGAAGAUGCUGAAGCAAGCGACAAUUCUGACGGAAACAUCAGCCGUCAGCUUCAGAUUGCAACACGUCAGAGGCGGACCGGCCAACCAUUUCAAGUUCUUCACCCUGGACAAUAUAUGCGGAGGGCAGAUCCAACCCGAAAUCGACGCGACUUCCGAAGAACAACUCCAGAGAAUGAACAUCGCGCUAUCCGAUAACUACAACUCAAAAGAACCGAUCGACAUUCUCAUCGGAGCAGAUCAACUCGUGGGCGUACAGACACACAACGCUCACAGACUAGGGAAAACACUCGAACUAGUGGAGACCGCGUUUGGAUGGGCGUUGUUCGGAGCUCGCAAUGGCAAAGCGAGAGCGACGGUUGACGUUAAUUUCGCGGAAACACCAUGCCUGCUCACCAGUGUACCGCAAAUGACACCACUCGAGCCGCGUCCGGAUUUCGAACAACGGGUGCGUAUGUUCAUAGAAGCAGACGCCAUGGCAAUCGAGAACGAGCCCAGAGAAGAAGCGGAUCAGUUCAUCAAUGAGUUCAUGGAAAAAGUGAAAUUCGACCCGAAGAAUCAUCGAUUCACGGUUGCCCUUCCAUUCAAAGACGGCUUGCAACCAGGGAAGAAUCUCUCCAUCGCUACAGCUAGGUUGAAAGCCUUGACCAAGAGCCUCGACAGGCGUGGACUCCGACAGAAGUAUCAAACCGAAGUACAAUCACUCCUGGACCUCAAUUUCAUCGAACCAGUUGAUGAAAAUCAAAGACCCGUUGGACCAGUGUCCUACCUCCCACACAGGGAGGUGGUCAAAGAGGAAAGCCUCACCACGAAGCUACGAAUAGUUUUCGAUGCCUCGGCGAAAGAGAAGGGUUUCCUAUCGCUUAACGACACUCUACACCAGGGGUGGCCAACCUUUUUCGUCCCGCGGACCACCAAAGUCAUGGCGACGGACCCCGCGGACCACCAAAAUUUAGGUCACCCGUUUUAA